AUGUUAACUGAGAGAAUAAAUCCACUGAGAGUCGCCCCCUGCUGGCUGACGGCUCAGAGGAGCUUCGAGGACGCCGAGGAGAUCGAGAGGGAGCGUCGACGAAGAGCUCGUGAUGCUUCACGCUGGACAAACGGCGACUCGCUGCCCGGAGAGUCGCCGCCCGAGCACGAGACAGCGGCGGAGGAGAGCAUGUACGAUGGCGGCCUGAAGCCAAACGGCUCUCCGUCUCUGGAGGAGGACGAAGGCUUCAGCGACUGGACUCAGCGCAGAGAGAAACGGAGGCAGCAGCGCCUGCAGGAGCUCAGCCAGGGAGGCGAGGAGGUGGAGGAGUUAAUGUCAAACAAAGCUGUGCCCACAAAGGCGACGAUCACGUCAUCCAGCCGGGUCCAGAGACAGGAGCAAGAGGAGACAGAGAGGACCAGGGUGGAGAUGGAGAGGAGGAAGGAACGUGAGGAGGUGGCAAGGAGGGAGAAAGAGAGGCAGGAGGAAGAGGAGGAGAAGAGGAAGAGAGAGGAGAUGGUGAUGAGAAGGAAGGAGGAAAGUCAAAGGCCGAAUGCAGAGGCGGAGAAAAGAAAGGAAGUGAAAAUCUCCUACACGUCCAAGGUUUUCGUCCAACAAGAGCCGAAACAAAACAGCACCAACGGAAACGCAACCAAAGAGGAAGUGAUGUCACACAUGAAGAACAAGACAAAACGCACCAACAGCAGAACCACAGAGCCGGAGGAGUCGGAGGCCAUCCUGGAGACGGAGCAGCGCCUGGAGAAGAUCCGGCAGAGCCUCCAGCAGAAGGGGAGCCAGGAGCUGGAGCAGCUGAGGCACCGACAGGUCGAGGCCGAGCGGGAACUGGAGGAGCUGAAGAGGAGGAGGGAGGAGAGACGUGGAGUCCGGGAGGAGGAGGAGCGUCGGAGGCAGGAAGAAGAGCAGCAUCGUCUGACCAAAGAAGAGGAGGAGAGGAGGCGGAUGAAGGAGGACAUGGAGAGGAGGAGGAUGGAGGCAGCAGAGAGGAUGAAGACUCUGAGCACGUCCAGCGACGGAGACGAGACGUUCAGUCCGUUCAGCCCCAAAACUCCGACCCACAAGAUCACAGAGAGAACGGAGUCCCUGAACCGCUCGCUGAAGAAAAGUAACAGCUUCAAGAAGACGCAGCCUCUCGUCCUGCUGCCCAAGAUCGACGACAAGAUGGAGCAGUACGCACACGCCGUGGAGAACUCCCAGGAGUCCCGGACAGUGAAGGCAUCACUGAGCGACCUGCCCAGCUCACCUGAGGUCGUCGCCUCCAAGAAGAACCUGUUUGAGGCCGGAGAGGCCUGGACCCAGAGUCCCAGCAAGGGGGCGGCCUGCAAGGACACCGAGGUGUUGAAGGUGGGCGUGGCCGGCCGGAUCACUCAGUGGGUUAAAGGUCCGUCCGAUGGCGGCAGACAGUCUCCAUGUAAACCAGCAGACGUGAAGCCCGGAGACGUGAUGCAGAAAAAGAACAUGUGGGAGGGGAUCAAAGACUCCUCAGAGCGACCCGGGCAGAGAGCCAAGGGAUCAGCUGCCGGUAAAAAGUACAAGUUUGUGAUCACCGGUCACGGAAAAUACGAGAAGAUCCCCAUGGACGACGACGACACCGAAGAGUUCAGCAACGGGAAAUCUGAUUCAUAUCCCGGUGAUUACUGAGCAGACAUCCUGUCUUCAUUUAGUCUUCAACCUGAACCUGCAGGAGCAUCAGCGUCUGACUGGAUCUCUCUGCUGUUGUAUUAUCUGAUGUCCUUUUCUCUCAUUGUGUAUAUAUCUGACUGUGAGCUUUAAUGUGUUAUUCCUCACCACACUGAGUGAGGGAGUCACGUCUCGUCUCCAGCCUUAAGGUCUCUCCGGUCGUGUAAUCUGUCCUGCACUUACACUUUGGCUAAAGAACAAUCUGAACUGUUCAAACAUGUGUCCAAAAUGAAAUCUUGUUUAUCUGUUACAAAAACCCUUCAUCACAUGUGAUCUGUACAAUCAAACUUCACUCUGUUUGUUUUUAGUGUCAUGUCCUCCGCUGUGUCUCUGUACCUCUCAGAUUCUCUCUGUUAUAACCCUUUUUUCUGGAAUAAAUUAAAAUAAUUUUCUAAUUUU